AUGGAAAGUUCGUUUGUUUUCAUUGUAUUAUUCGACAAAGAAAAUAUAAGUAUGGAGCAAAUUGAAAAUUUCCUUAUCCGCAAUAAUGGAAUGAAAAAGCUUAUAAAUAAAUUGGAUAUUUUUCUAACAGGUUAUGGUGAUGUAGCAUGUAAUACAUCAAUUGGUCGAUUGAUGACAAUCAUUUAUGCUAUCAUUGGUAUACCAAUAAUGCUUAUCACACUUCGAGAUCUUGGCAAUUUUUUAUAUAAAGCAAUUAUCAAUGUUAUCCGAUUGAAACAUUUCACAUUAAGCUUAUGCCGAAUAUUUGGCAAAACAAUUUAUAAGACAUCAAUUCAACAAAACAAUAAUGAUUUGGUACAGCUUGAAAAUGGUAUACCCAUUGGUAAUGGCAAUAAUGAAAGUGAUAAUAGUGAUAAUUGUUCAAGAAAGCUUAAAUUUCAUAUUGAUGAUGAAAUCAUUGAAGGCAA